GAAGUGCGUGUGACACUUGGACCAUCUUGACAGUCUACAUCUACAGACAGUAGUUGAGGCCACGCUGAGCAAUACAUUUCGGCCCCAAAUUCAGCCCAAUCCGUACCAGGAAACGAACUAUUGUAAGUUUGUGAAAAGCUGGACAACAAACAAAACAAAUCGUAUCAGCUCGCUCGUGAGCUACGAGUACUGUGAUUCUUGAGCAGAACCAACGCAUUGCGUGGCACCACGCACAACUAGUUCUGAAAUUCUCUCAGCAGGUCGCUCGGUCUAAUAAUAGAGAAAAUGCCCGUCCGAGUCGGCACUCGGGUUGUCCGAGGUCCUGACUGGAAAUGGUCGAGUCAGGACAAGAGGUCCGGCAAUUUGGGCACAGUCUUCAAGGGCACGGCAUCACAGGGAUGGGUGUCGGUGCACUGGGACCACGGGCAUACGGCUAAUUACCGAUGCGGUGCCGAUGGCAAGUACGACAUUAGUAUCUACGACAACGCGGCGGGCGGUGUGGCACACCGUGGCAUAACAUGUGACUGUUGCCGUUCCGACAACGUCACGGGUGUGCGCUGGAAGUGCUCCGUGUGCUACGACUAUGACUUGUGCAACCGGUGCUUUCACAAGGGCGCGCACGACAAGGCACACCAGUUCUACCGAAUCGACGAGAAGGAUGGGCCAUGGAUUUUGACACCCAGGCGCACAUCCUCUUCACGGUCCCAGCUGUUGGGCAUUGUACCAGGUGCGGUGGUUGCACGCGGCCCGGAUUGGAAGUGGGGACCACAAGACGGUGGCCCUUUGGGUGCAUUGCUGGGUGUUAAAGGACAAGGAAAGGUGUUGGCCGUCAGGGAUUGGAGCGAGGAUGGUUCCACUGGCAAGAUGGAUGCUGCAAGAAUCUCGUGGGCGGCUGGCGGUACCAACAAUUAUCGUGUUGGCUACGAAGGAAAUGUUGACCUUAAGGCAGUCCAGGAUCCAAGCUCUAGUGACAGUGAUGCUCUGUACUAUUAUCCGGAGCAUCUAGCUGCAAUUGGUAAACACUACAGCAGUGAAACCUGUGGCGCCUUUUCAGUUGGUGACCCAGUAAAGAUCACUACCAGCUUGGACAGCUUGAGACGGGCUCAGAGCGGAACGCCAGAAUGUAGCUGGGACAGCAGAAUGAGUCAGUUUCCGGGAUUAAUUGGUCGCGUUCGCAAUUUCCCCACACGAAACAGUGCGAAUGUUGAAGUUCACGUCGCAGGCCUGGGCCGGUCUUUUCAAAUCAGCUUAUCAGCACUGCAGGCGAUGGCUGUCCAACGAGUGGGUGAUCGUGUCCGAGUGACGUCCAGUAAGGCAGAGGCUGUACUUCAUCAACGCGGCCAUGGUGGUUGGAAUGAAGCCAUGGCCGGUGUCCUCGGUAAAGUAGGGCAGAUUGUGAACAUAGACAGUGAUGGAGAUGCACGUGUUCGCUUCUCCAAUGGCCAGUCCUGGACGUUCAGCCCAAGGUGUCUGACUCACGUUUCAAGGGGCGCAGUUGACAGCAGCACACUGAAGGAGAGCGAUGACAGUGACCAAAUGAUGCGAAUGCUUGGAAGACUGCUUGGAAUACCGGAUGGCGGUGGCGAUGAUUCCGGUGAUAGCGGCUUUGUGCGCCUGUACAAUGCGUCCUCCGAGGGUGAUGCGGAAAAAGUCCGAGAAGUGCUGAAAAGUGAUCGAAGUGUGAUAAAUCGGACGCACAAUGGAGUAUGCCCAUUGCAAGUGGCAGCGUACAAAGGUAAAACAGGCUGUCUCAAUGCUCUGCUGGACAGUGGGGCAAAUACAGAGUUGAAGGACAACGAUGGAGACACGGCGUUGGCUUUUGCUAUUGCCGGGAAUGAAUCAAGCUGUGCACGCAUCCUGCUUGAUCACGGUGCAAAUGCAAACGCUCGCAACAACAAAGGCCAAGCCGCACUGCACAUAGCAUGCCACAAUGGAUAUAUUCAAUGUGUGCGGGUACUCGUGAGGCAUGGCGUUUCUACCAGCUUGAAGGACAACGAUGGAUUCACUCCACUUCACGUUGCAAUCCUCAGAGACAAGCCCGAUGUCAUUGAAGUUCUUCUCGAGCAUCGUGUUGAUGUGUACCAGAGCACUGACAACGGAUCCAACGCCCUCCACAUUGCCUGUUCACGGGAAAGCCUUGGAGCUGUUCGCAAGCUCCUCCGCUAUGACCGGAAGUUGGUGAAUGUGACAAAUAAUGAAGGUGUCGCUCCCCUUCACAUUGCUACUAAGGAAAAGAAUACCGAAAUUGCCAAGGUUCUGAUUGAGCAGUACAACUGUGAUGUGAACAUUACUGCAAAGAAGGGCGGUCAAACAGCGCUGCACGUAGCGGUGUAUGAUGGAUGCAAUGCCAUGAUUGAGCUAUUGGUCGGAUCCGGCUCGCGCAUCAAUGCCACCGACAGUGAUGGCGAUACUCCGCUGCACCUUGCACUGCUCCAAAGCGGCGAAUCGUCGCGCAGCGGACAGGAGGCCAUUUUGCGUGCUGCUCUGCUUGCCUCCAUGGGUAUAUCUGACCGUCAAAGCAUUGACAAGGACGGCUGGGUGGCAAUAGCAUGCUAUCUAGCCCUGCACGGUGCUGAUCUCAGCAUGCGCAACAAGAAGGGAAAAACGGCCUUGGACUUCCUGAAAGACCAAAGCCAAGCUGUGCACAUCAAGCAGUGUGCUCGCGUCUACCAGAGAAAGCACGCACCACAGGCACAAUCUGACGGUAUACGAGUCCGGGCAUCUUGUGACGAUGACAAUGGCAUUCGAGUGACAACUGGAGACGGCAUUCGCGUUGGUGCUGUUGACACUACACCGCCACAACCGACGCCCUCCAAUGAGCAGUGGAACAUCCCGCCAGUCAGUCCUCGCACACGGCAAACACCAUCACAGAGCACAGCAUCGGCAUCAUCAUCAUCAGCCACUGCCUCACCUCAGCACUUAUCAUCCCCUACAAAGCCUGUCCCUGCAAAGAGGAAAACAGCUGUGAAUACCAACAUAUCAUCCGAUAUAAACACCAUUGGUACCUCGAACAUAUGUCACCAGAAAACUAAAGGCGUUACCGAUGGAGCCUGUGGCGAUGCAACAGCAGCGGCAGCAGCAGUGAAUAAUGGCGCCGAAAGUGCUCCAGAAAGUACUGGUGACAAGCCACUGUGUUCAGUAUGUGACCGUCCUGCAAAUGUAUGUUGCCUGCCAUGUACACACGUCAGCUUGUGCGAUGAGUGCUCUGGACGUGCCAAAAAGUGCCUGGCAUGCAUGAAAGCGCUUGAUGGGAAGAAAACUCUCACGACGUGCCUGCUGUGCGACAGUGAUCUUGGAGCCGUUGUCUUCUUGCCCUGCAACCACUGCAGCCUUUGUGUGGACUGUGCGAAGCGUGCAACGAAAUGUCCGGAGUGCCGUGCGCAAGUCAGUGAGAAGUACUACAAUGGUUCUAAGCUGUAACAUACAUCUCCAAAUUUUCCAGUGCCGCUCUCAAGCAAGCAGAAGGCUACAGUAGUAGUCAUUUUGGUUGUCUGAAGCGGCAAUCAUUCUCAGUGGUCUGCAGCUUAUCAUCUUGCAUUCAGGUUAGCCAGUGUUCUGAGCCUUUUUAUUAGCACAGAAUAGUACCUGGGCUUUGUCUUACGAAGAAACAUUUCGCACUGCUACAGAGUGUUGCUUUUGUACAUGCAUACACCUGUUCUAUGAAAUCAAUAGGUGCGGAGCAUCCCCUUGAUCAGUUAGAAACCUCCUCUAAACCGAUUCCAUUGCCCUCUCCCCCUUGUUUAUAUAUAUAUAUAUAUAUUAUUUGCACUUGCUUCUUUUCUAUUUGAACUAGUUCUUCCACUCCUGAAUUCAAGCUUGCUUUAUAAGUUUAUAUACGUAUUGACUGCUCCUUGCUUGCAAUACCUUUCUUUUUCACUCCAUAUGUGCACAUGUUGUUUCUUUCGGAAACAUGCUCUUUCUACAUUGUAUGUUCAAAAUGACGCGGAAAAUUGGACUACAUGUACACAGGCAA